AUGAUACGCCGGCGUGGAAUCGGACGAGCUGCAGACAAGCGCGUCCGAAUUGUAAAGCAGUGCAGACAGGCGAUAAAAGAAGAUCUUAAAGAGACGGAACAGUUACAGCAGUGGAGGAGAGGGCAACUUGACGGUUGUCUACGGUCGAGCAGCGAGGGUGAAAAUAAAAUGCUUAAAACAUGCCAGUGCAACAAAUUCUUCUGCAGGUUGAUAGCUCAGUUUGAUGAGGUUUCUAAACUACUACGACCAGUAAUGUUAAAUAUGGCAAUGACGUUGAUCGCAUGGAUUUACGUGUAUGAGAUGAAGACAGAUGAUCGUCUUUCGGCGAUGUUUCUGAUGAGUGGCAACGCUACUACAGGAAAUGAGUACAAAGAUGGCCUUGUCAGUGAUUUUCAAUCCUUAAAUCCUGGACCAAAUAUCUUCGCCGUCCUCGCUCCUAUUGGACCCCUUCGCAAGGUUCAAGAAAAAGCUGGAGACUAUAGUCAUAGCGUGCUACGUUUCCUCAUGUUCACAGCUGAUGCUAAUUCGAUAGUUGAAGUAGCCGAAGAGAAACAGUCCAGUGCUGAAGAAGAAUCAACAGCUGAGAGCAUGACGGAGGACGACGUUGAGCAAGAGGUGGAAGAACCGCAAUUGAGGAGGCGUGUGCGACAGUCCGCUGGCUCAGAUUUGGUAGAAAUCAUUGAGAACGUUCUGAAAGAGGAGGAGCGUGUUGAAAACGAUGAAACGAAAGAGAACAUGAGAAUAAAGAACAAGACAAGUGACCCCAGUUCAGAUGACGACGUAGCUGUUGAGAUGGAAUUGGAUACAAGCGAUAAUGAUACGAAGUUCAGUGACGAGAAAUAUCCCAUCGACGACAACGAGGCUCUCAGCUUGGAUCGCCACAAGAAGGUUCUGGAAAGCACAUCGUCAUCAUCAUCAUCGUCAUCGUCAUCACCAUCAGGCAGUAAUAGCAGCAGUGAUUCAUUAGACCUGACCACCAUGGAAGACAAGGAUGAGAAUGUCGAAGGGAAUUCGGUUACUGCAGCAGACGCUUUGAAUGAUGCCAGUUCGCUACGCCUUGGAAUGGGUGAUUUUGUGUUCUAUAGUGUUCUCGUUGGUCAAGCCGCCACAUCAGGAAGCGUCGGUGCAACUACUGCAGCUGCGCUAGGUGUCGUUUAUGGUCUUCUCAUAACGCUCACUUGUUUCAGUAAUGGCGAUGAGACGACGCCGGCUCUUCCGAUCUCGAUCGUACUCGGCACAGGAUUCCACUUCAGUUAUCUGUUUCUUGAGCCGCCUCUCAUGUAUUACACUGAUCUCAUCUUUCAUCAUUUGCUUUACGCCAUAGGACAUUGA